UCUCGAAUCAUCGAAGCUCGCUGGCAUCUUCGCUCGUCUUUUCAAAGGUCUUUGACUCACCAUGUCAACAGGUCCACCACCAUACGCUCCUAGGGAACAUGCUCAAGUACAACCUCCGGCACCGUCCUCUUCUACAUCCGGAGCGCAAGCGACCACCUCUUCGACCCCAUUAGAAUUCUCGGAGACGACGUCUGUAUGUCUUGAAUGGCGUCUGAGUGGCCUCAAAGCCAUGUACGAUAGUACAAAAGGUGAAGCGAAAUCCAAAUGUAUCAAGUCGGCAGUGUUUGGCGAUGCGGACAACCUCUGGGAGGUACUCUGGUAUCCGAACUCUGGGGCUGCAGGAGGAGAAUUCGCCAGUCUGUAUCUGUCCUGCGUGCCCACGGCGCAGGAACGAGAAUCCAGUAUCGGCUCCAAAUGGACACGUAAAGGUCUUUGGUGGUUCCGAUUCGAGAUUCGCUCCACUGUUCCCGAUGAGAGAGUCAACAAGAUCGUUACACUCGCCACGAAGGACGCAUCAGAUCACACAUUUGCAGUCAAGACUGCCAAUUGGGGAUGGCAACAGUUCGCAAAGAGAGAUUCACUGUUCAUUCAUCCUACUGUCCAACUUUCAGACUCCUUCUUGAUCGUAUGCACGAUUCAAGCCCAACCUCAACCUCCGGCUGGAUACUGGCUCGGGAUGGGUCUACCUCCCCCUGCACCUUAUACAACGGCAAAUACCACCGUCAAUGGACGUAAUGUUGGUAGUGGCGGUGGUCUGAGUGCUUGGGCCGGUGGUCAAGGAGCCAGUGGAGGUGUGGCUGGGGGUACAACAGCCGCUGGAGGAGUUAAACGGGUUGUUCCUCGGGAUCUGCUGUCCUCUGUUGGUGCUCUGCUAGACGAUCCUCUUUACUGUGACAUUGAAUUCAUCAUCCCUCCUUCGACAUCAAAUAAACGGGGCAUGGUCAUCGAGCCAGAAGUGACGUCGGAACCCAAGCGGAUCUACGCCAGCAAGAAGCUUCUUGUCCGAUGCGAGUACUUUGAAGCCAUGUUCAAUGGCGGUUUCCGGGAUACUGAGGGUGCCAUGGAAGAUGAGGAGAUGGACGACGAUCUCGACAUGCUGUCAGACUCUGAUGUCGAAGAUGAAGCUAUCGAAGCGUCCUCGUCGUCUGGGCUUCACUUGACAACCACGAUGAGCCGGCAGUCCGAUGCUCGCGUCUCGCCUCAUAAUUCCUCUCCUCCCGCUGUGAACUCUCACGAGCAAGAGACGGAGCAUGGUCCAGGCGAUGACAGCAUUAUGGAGGAACAAGGUCCAAAUCAAGGAGGAGGAGCGGGAGGUGGUGGUGGAGCAGGCGGCGGCGAAGGACAUGCCGAUUCAGCGAUGGAAGAGGAGGUGCCUGUUGUACCUGAUGAGGUCAUCCAAUCGAAGAGAGAUCCCACCAUGUCCAGUGGAACGACGCCGACUCCAGGUAGUCAGCUCGGCAUUGGUCCGAUAUCGGGACCGAGGAAGACAAAGGUCAUGAUUAGAGAUGCAGCUUGGAGCACAUGGUGGGCUGUCUUGUACUGGCUCUAUACCGACAUCAUCUACUUUGCCCCUCUGACCUCUUCAUUCCCCAAAUCCUCAUCCUCCACACCAUCCCACCAUCGAUCUCUAUCCCAAUCAGCCAUCGUUCAAGUCGAUGCGCAGACUCGACGUGAAUGGAUUCGACAAUGGAUGGAGGAAAGAGGCAUGAAGUCUCCAUCGAAUCCCAGCGGCCCACUUGGCCCUCGACCCGUCAGCGCCAAAGCAGUCUACAGGCUAGCAGACAAAUUGGUCUUACCUGCUCUGAAACUCAGAGCAUUCCAGCACAUCUGUGGGCAAUUGUCCUCACAGAAUAUACCCGCAGAGGUGUUUUCAAGAUUCUCCUCGACAUUCGAGGAUGUUCGAAAGGUUCAAGUAGCAUUCUUCCUCGCUCAUUGGCAAGAGAUCAAGAAGUCAGAGACCAUGACUCAGAUCUGGCAACAGAUCCGUCUGGGCAAACAUAUUGGAUUCGAGGAGGUGUGGCCGCUCAUCGUUUCUCAGUUGGAAUUCAGGCAGUCAUAAGGGGGGCCAAAGUGAUCGGCAUGUACAGAUAAGAAAGUCACGGACAUGCAGUAGAUCUUGUAGGCUGACACCGAGAGUCGUUCGCCGAAUAUGAUGAGAUAUAUAUAUUCAUAGUGACAAACACACACAUAUAUUGAUCUGAGUCUGCGGCCGAUCGCCGGAUUUUGAUUGACGAAUUGAAUGGAG